UUGGCAUCUCAAUUCCUGCACUGGCUAUGUAAUUUCAGCUGAAUCAGGUGCUCAAGGAGGAAUAUCGAUGGAGUUGGGUGCUAAUUAUGCUGUUAUUACUGACAGAAAGGAAUGCUGGCAAGGCCUUGAGCAAGACAUCACAGACAGAAUUUCCACUGGUUACACUUACACAGUUUUGGCUUGUGUGGGAGUAUCCAGUGUUUCUCAGGGAUCUAGUGAUGUUCUAGCUACUCUGAAACUAGAAUAUCACGAUUCAGCUACUAGUUACUUGUUCAUUGGAAGAACUUCUGUUAAUAAGGAUAGCUGGGAGAAGUUGGAAGGGAAAUUCUCAUUAUCAACUAUGCCUGAUCGGGUUGUAUUUUACUUGGAAGGACCUGCUCCAGGAGUUGAUCUUCUCAUACGAUCAGUAGAAAUAAAUUGUUCCACUUCGAAUAAUGAUACCACAGGCCCAGCAUGUGUUUCAGCGGGAGAUGAGAACAUCAUCAUCAACCCGCAAUUUGAUGAUGGUCUGAAUAACUGUCUGGAGAGGCUGUAUAAGACAAGAUCAGAUCCACAGCGUCUCAUUUCGCGGAUCCACCGCCAUGGAUUUCAUGAAGGUCUUCGAUCAAACCGUUCGAGAAAUAAGAAUAAUGGACAAACACCCAGUUUUGANACUGCACUGGCAGAGAUUGCACAGGCUACCAAAAAAUUUACUGAAUGUCAAAUGGUCAUGAAUGUCCUCUGGACAAGACUGGGCGAAACUGGAAAAGACUGGAGAUAUGUAUACAAGGCGUUGGCGGUUAUAGAGUAUUUGGUAGGACAUGGAUCUGAACGUGCAGUUGACGACAUUAUAGAACAUACUUUUCAGAUUUCAGCACUUUCUAGUUUUGAAUAUGUUGAGCCAAGUGGGAAGGACGUAGGACUCAAUGUAAGGAAGAAGGCUGAAAACAUUGUGUCCCUUUUGAAUGAUAGGGAUAAGAUACAUGAUGUCAGAAAUAAAGCUGCUGCAAACCGUGACAAGUACAUUGGAGUUUCUUCUAGUGGUAUCACAUACAAGUCUGGUGGGUCAGCCUCUUAUAGUAGUGGCGGCAUCUCUCAGAGCAGUGGUAAGUAUGGAGGCUUUGGAUCUAGAGAUGGUGACAGGUUUAGUGAUAACAAUAGAGACAAGGGGGGAUCCUAUGAUGAAGAUUACCAUGGAAAAUCACACCAUACUGUUGCAAGUGACAAUCAAGACAACUCCUUCAAGAAGGGUUCAUCACGAUCUGUCAGCAAAAGUCCGGAAAACAAGUCAUCUAGAGUAUCAAAGUCAUCAACUAAUGCAAAUAAUUAUGGUUCAGUACCUUCUCAAAGUUCAAGUGUACCUGAAAAUAGUACUGAGGAUGACAUGGAUGAUUUUGAUCCAAGAGGAACUUCUACCAAAACUUCGGCAGGAAACUCUAACCAAGUUGAUCUCUUUGAACAAGAUUUAAUUGGUGACUUCAUGGAUGCUCCAACAUCUGUUCCUGUAGAGAAGCCAGCAACUGGUAAUUUGCCAGAGGUUGAUCUUUUUGCAGAUGCAUCAUUUGUAUCUGCAACAACUCAAAUGGACAAAGGAGCUAGUUCUCAACCACAGGCUGAGGUGGAUCUAUUUGCUUCACAACCCGCUAUUUCUACAGUUACACCAACAGUUGACUUGUUUUCCAUUCCUGAACCGGUAGUGCAGCCAGAUAGCAAGCCAGAGAAAUCUGGUCCUGUGGAUAACAGCUCGUUUGAUCCAUUUGCUGCUGUUCCUCUUAAUAAUUUUGAUGGAUCUGAUAUUUUUGGUGAUUUUACUUCUCAAUCUGAUUCGUUGUCUUCCCAGCCCUCCAAUAAUGUUGUCAAUGAUGACAAACAUGAUAAUAUCGCUGGUAAAUCAUUAGCAGACUCUAAACUUCCAGCUAAAAAGGAUACUUUCCAGGUGAAGUCUGGUGUCUGGGCUGAUUCACUAAGCCGCGGACUGAUUGAUCUCAAUAUAACUGCCCCUAAAAAAGUAUCCCUUGCGGAUGUUGGGAUUGUGGGUGACUUGAGCGAUGGAUUUGACGGAAAGGAGAAAGGCCCUCCACCUUCAUUUUAUAUGGGGAGAGCUAUGGGUUCAGGUUCAGGAAGUAUUGGACUCGGUAGGUCUGGAUUCACUCCUUCACAACCAGCACCUGGAGACGACAUAUUCUCAAACCUUGGCUCCCAACAAUAUCAAUUCAGUGGGUUCCAGAAGUAAAAAUCUGACUCAUCCCAAUCACAUUUUCACUCAUUCUUUGUGUGUCGGCACUUCAGAGCUUGUUAAGCUUUUUGGCAUGGUUUUGUUGGUAUAUAUUUCUCAAUAUUUUGUGAUUAUAUUAUUUUAAACCUUAAGCACUGUUGCGUCUAAAAUGCUGUUCAUGUCUGAUCGAUUGCCAUCCAGCGGACUAAAAGUACCGAAACAUAUGGUGGCACUACUUUGAGUUGUAAAAUAUCCGUGUCAACUAUAAGAGGUUUCUGUUGAUGUUGUUAGAGAC